GACAGACUGCGGAGCUUGGCAGCUGGUGAGAGAAAGAGAGGAAGAGCAGAAGAAAGAAGUUUCCAGAUACAAGUUGCAGACAAUAACCGUUAAAACUACGCAUCUUAAACAUCCACCGCGACCUUGAACCACGCAGAAUUUAAAUAACGAUUGACCACAUAAGCAGCUGAUACUGCAGAGAGGACAACCAUGCCUGAACUCUUUGCAUAUACUGACAUCGGCAGCUCACCUCCUUCUCCAGUGGACAGCAGCGACAGAAGGCUGUCCUGGGGCAAACUGGUUCAAAGACUGACUGAUUUCAGCACACCUGCCAACAACAGGAGCAUGGAGUCAGGGUCCAACAAUAGCAGCAGGAGUGAUCUCUCAGACUCAGGUUCAGAUGUCUCAAGUGACUUAUGUGCCUUCAAUGAGGACCUGUUUUACGAUCCAAUGGAGGAGACACUCUUAAAAGAAGUAGUAGACCUGAUUGCACGAAGUCUGAGAGAAGCCAAAGACACAGAUUGUGCCUUAAGAUGUACAAAACUGCUCAUUCCAGACAAACUUCUGGAGCACAUUGGACAAGAGCUCCUUCAUCUGGCAGCUAGUGAGCCCUGCGGUUUAAGAGGGGCUCUCAUUGACCUCUGCGUUGAGCAAGGGGAUGUCUGUGAGAGCAUGGGACAGCUAUCUGUGGACCCAUACCUUGUCCCCACAUUUCAGCUCGCUCUGGUGUUGAGGCUAGAGUCGGGCGGCCUUUGGCCUAAAAUUCAAGGACUUUUUAGCACAAAGUCUCCUUCUACUCCAGUAGUGAGACAAGCUAUUAAACUUAGCACUGGUUUCCGUGUGAUCAAGAAGAAGCUGUAUAGUUCUGAAGAUCUUCUAAUUGAGGAAUGUUAAGUAAUAAAAAGGACUGAUGUACUUUGAUGCUGACAAGAGGACAAUAAAAGCUCACAAAGGGGCCUGUUACUGUAAUUACAUGUAUAUGAAGCAUUCUGAAGUGUAUCAGAUGGACUUUGUCAUGAUGUAGCCUACUGUUCCCACUGUAAAGGGGCUGAACUUUAUGGUACCUGGAGAAGGCAGUGCUAAUACUCGCUCACUGACAUUCAGAUUUUAAAAUGACAACAUGUAACCAUCAUAUUAUAUCUGGUGACAUGGCAUUUACAAGUAUUGGAAGUGCAUACCUCAGUUUCUAUUGAAACUAAACAACGGCAGCUAGCUAUACUGUUAUAGUUAUUAUUGAAGUUCAUUGUGUUCUUUUUCUUUUUAUACAUGACAUUUAAUUGAAUUGGACAAAGCCUGAUGAAGUGUACACCAAGAGAACAGUUGGUAACCUUUGUGAAGUGUGAAAGGCCUACGCUUGCUUGCCUUGUGCAUUGUUUGUGCAAGCCGCGGCUAAGAUUACAAAUGUACCUUGAUCUUGUGUUGUGCAGACCUGUCCUGCUUCGGUUGAUAUUCAAAUACUCAGUGAACUUUUUUUUGUACCUUUAUUGAAUGAAAAUAAAUUAUUGUUUUCUAACAGUU